AUGUUGCAAAAAUUAUUUAGUUGUUUAGUGGUAGCUGCUGCAGUUUCGGCUGCUGGAAGUGGUUGCAAAAUUGGUAAUGUAAUCAACAAGCCUGUAAUUGAUGGUACGCCUGUUUAUUGGCCGCCUUCUUGGACCGAAACCCAACCGGCACCUCAACUGGAUAAGGAGCAGUCGUGCAGUUGGAUUGUAACGAUUCCACGUGGAUAUUAUGCAAAAUUGAUAAUCAGUGGAAAAACAACUGACAAGGAUUCAAGAUUCCAAACUGUCGAUUCUGCAGGAAAUCUUAUUCAAACCACCCAAGAAAACAUGGACCCCUAUUUCUUCCCGGCUUCAAAGUUUACCUUGGCUGUUUCCAAUGAAGGAUCAGCUACUUUUGCAUUUAAAGUUGUUUGGUUCCUUCUUCCAUAUGUGGGCGACGAUGCAGGAAUCGGGCCAAGUGGAUUGGUUGUGAAUGUAACGAGUAAAGUUUAUGCUAUCGAUUACCAUUCAACUGACGACUUACUUACAUUGAUGACUUUCCCUGCAGACACAAAAAAUUAUUAUUCAUUGAGAAGUGCACUUGUAUUUGCAGGGGAAGGUUUGUCAAACUAUAUUACAAAUCUCUACCUACUCUAUCAAACGAAAAAGCCAUGGAUAUCCAGUGACGACGCUAUCACAAUAGUGAACUUUGAAGCCGCUAGUUCUAAUGAUAAUCUACUAAUUCAAUCCUCUAAAUAUUUGACUGGAAUCGGUGAGAUGGUGGAGCUUCACCCUCAGGCCAAUUCAAUCUAUAACGGAACUGUAAACGGAGGAACACUGAUGUCAUCACUCGUUGCAGUGACUGAUCUCCCAAUGCAAAUGAUUGAUGUUCAGAUGAAAAGUGACGCUACCGUUACAGUUUACUAUGGUUCUCCAGACUCAUCAACUCUUAAUAAAACUUACACUGGAGCACAACUGAAAAAUGCGCUUCCAUUAUCGUUUAGUGGAGACGUCGUGCAGUUUGUGGUCAGCAGUGGCAAAGCUGUAUUCACGUUCAAAAGUUGA